AAGGGCUGUUCUUAUGUUACUCUCAGUCACUGCCAGUCCAUGUGCCAGUUUGGAAAUACAUAUUUAUUUCCUUUCUUAAAUCCCAUUACCAAUGCUUCCCACAACACUCUGGCAGACCUUUCAUACAGCUUGUCACUAAGAUCUCUUCUCUCACUUAAAUUCAUGUUAAAUUCUCUCUCACGCCAUCAUUUUCAUCUUCUCACUUUCCUUUCUCUCUAAUAAACUCAUCAAAAACAAUGCAAGACUCAAUUGGAAUCCCUGCAUGUUUUUCUUCAACAAGUGAUGAUGAUCAUCAUCCUCAUCAUCAAGGAGCUGUAACACGUUCAGGUAGAAGCGUUUACAUGUCAGUAUACAGAACAAAGUUAGCUGAUCAAUGCCGUUUGAUCACAAUCACAUGGUGCAAAAACCUGAUGCUUCAUGGUUUAUCAGUAUCAGUGGAAAACCCCGAGAAGGAAACUCAAUAUAGCUGCAAAGUUGAGCUAAAGCCAUGGUACUUUUGGAGGAAACAAGGUUCGAAACGGUUCGCCGUAGAUGGAAAAGCAGUUGAUGUUUUCUGGGACCUUAAAUCUGCGAAAUUCAACGGUGAAACUGAACCAACUUCAGAAUACUACGUAGCAGUUGUUUGUGAUGAAGAAGUUGUGUUGCUUGUUGGUGAUUUGAAGAAAGAAGCUUAUAAAAAAACCGGGUGUAGACCAUCACUUAUUGAUCCAAUUCUCGUUUCAAAAAAGGAACAUAUAUUUGGAAAGAGGAAAUUCUCAACUAAAGCUAAGUUUCAUGAGAAAGGUAGGUGUCAUGAGAUUUGUAUAAAGUGUAAGAACAAAGGUAAUAUGAAUGUUGUUGGAGAUGGAGAUUCUGUAAAAAGUGGUGGUGUUAAAGUUAAAGUUGAACCAGAGAUGGAGAUAAGAUUUGAUGGGGAGUUGAUGAUUCAUGUGAAGCAUUUGCAAUGGAAAUUUAGAGGGAAUGAAUCGGUUUAUCUUAACAAAAUGAGAGUUGAUGUAUAUUGGGAUGUUCAUGAUUGGUUAUUUAGUCCUGGUUUAAAACAUGCUUUGUUUAUUUUUAAGCCUGUUUUUUCAUGUAAUUCUUUGUCACCAAUGUCUUUGUUUUCACCAUCUCUGUCUUCUUCAUCUUCCUCCACUACUCCAUUAUCAAACCAGAGAAGUAGCAAUAGUACUUGUGAGUCAGUGGAAGGUCAUGGAGGUAAUUCAUCAUCAUCAGAGUUUUGUUUGUUUCUAUAUGCAUGGAAGGUUGAAUGAACGUGAUGGACGGAAGUGAUUGAGUUACAUAUCACGUGGCCAACAAUAAUUCUUUGUCCAGAGGCAUCUAUGUCAACAUCCGUUAUCUACUCCUUUGAAAAAUAGUACGUACUAGUUUUUCUUGAUCUAGUAUUGAAAAAUGAAAACAAAGUUAUGUAAGUAUAGAUAUAUUAUAAUCUUAUAGUAAUAUAGUAUAGUAGACGUAUGAUUUUGUAAGAGAAAUAAUAUAGACAUUAUUAGAUUAGUGAAUGUCUGUAUUUGGUCAUAUAAAUAAAGUUGAUGCAUGUGAACUAAA